CCAGCGUGUGGACACCGGCAUGUGGACGCUGACGUGUGGACACUAGUGAAUGGUCACCACCAUUAUGUGGACACCAAAAAACGUAUAAAAGGAACAAGAAUAUUAGAAAUUUACCAUUUGUGUUUAAGACUUACACACUGAAACUAUAUAAUUUCAACAGCAAUCAAAAACAUGAAUUUUCUAUUUCAACAAAUUUUUAAUAUGAGUUAUUUUCAAUCCAUUAUACUUACUAUCCUGUUAGUUAUAUCGAUAGUAAUAAUUCAAAGGAUAAAAAACCAAAGACAAAUUACUUUGGCUGCUCAAAUACCUGGUCCAAAAGGUCAUUUUGUUGUCGGAAGCCUAACGAUUUUUACUCAAGGAACAGAAAAGUUCUUAGAGAAUAUGAAACGACUAUGUAAGAUGUACGAGCAUUCAUUAUUUAAAUUUUGGUUAUUUAACAAGCUGAUUGUUUGUUUAUCCAACGCCGAUGAUAUAGAAGUAGUAAUGAAUAGUUCAAAUUGUUUUCAAAAGGAUUUCCCUUAUUUGUUAAUGGAAGAUGUUUUCUCAGGUACGGGGGUACUUACAACUAAUAAUGUACAUGACCAUAAAAAAAACAGGAAAAUAAUAUCACAAUGGUUAAAGUAUUCAAAUUUAAAAUCAAUGAUAACUUCUUUCUACAAUGAAUCCAAAAUUCUUGCACACAUAUUGAGUGAAAAGUGUGAAGGAAAACCAAUUGAACUUGAAAUAGGCCGAUUUUUCGACCUAGCAUCGAUGGACAGUAUUGGAAGAACAGCGUUGGGAGAAGAAUUCAAUUCACAAAAUAAAGAGAACCAUGUUUUCCGAAAUAGUUAUGAACGUUUAGCAAAAAUGUUUGCAUACAGAAUUUCGAAUCCAUGGUUUUUAUUUUCGACUUUUUUUUCACUGUCAUCGAAAAAACAUGAACAACGAAAUAGUCAACAUUUAAUGCAUAAAUUUGUUAAUGACUUAAUUCAGAAAAAACAAGUCGAACUCAAUGAAAAAGCGAAAACUACAAUUAUUGGGACUUAUGACACAGAUUGUGUUUCUCAAAAACCUAAAUCUCUAAUUGAAAUUCUAUUAGCAAACGAACAACAACUAUCACCUAAAGAAAUACCGGAGGAACUUAUAACCGUUAUAAGUGCGGGACACGAAUCAACUGCAAAAUCAAAUUCAUUAAUUAUAUUUAUGCUUGCUCAUCAUCAAGAUGUUCAACAAAAUGUAUAUCAAGAAAUAAAUUCAAUAUUUUCUGCUGGCGAUUUCAACCGAUCACCUACACACGAUGAUUUACAGAAAAUGGAAUACUUAGAACGUGUAAUUAAGGAAACCAUGCGACUUUAUCAAACUGUACCCCUAAUUGCCAGAAAAGUAAAAAACGAAAUGAUGAUUGGGAAAUAUGUUAUCCCGACAGACGCAAAUAUUCUGAUUUAUAUUCAAUGUUUGCAUUUAAAUCCCAAGUACUAUAAGGAUCCAGAACAAUUUAAUCCUGACAACUUCUUACCUGACGUGUGUCGCCGUCGUCAUCCUUUUGCGUACAUUCCUUUUAGUGGUGGCUUAAGGAACUGUGUUGGAAUGAAAUACGCAAUGCUUCAAAUGAAGACUACGAUAUCUACUCUUGUAAGAUCCUACCGUUUUUCGCCAUCAGAAAAAUGCCCUACACCGAAGGAUCUAAGAUUAUCUUUCACUCUAUCAGUGGAAUUUAUCAAUGGAUGUAACGUUAAAAUAGAACCGAGAACAUAAUAGCUUGGAAUUUAAAAUGUUUAGGUGCGUUUUGUUCAAGUAAUUAAUUAAAAAAUAAAUUGUUAUGUACUGGAAAAUGUUUUGGUGUAAAAAAAAACACUGGGUUAUUAUUGGGUUAUUAUUAACACUGGGUAUUAUUUAACUCCC